GCUUGAUAACGCACGUUUUGAAUCCGCCUGCAAACUGCUAUGGAUUGAGCAUAUGUCAGCGGUGUCGAGAUACUCACUGGUGCAGUGCAACAUACGGCCCACACGAUCGGCCCAAACGACACCUCGUAGCGAAGUCAACGUAUUGAGAUUCCCUGCGUGUGUAGACUGAGCUGUCGCGAACAUAAAGCUACAAAUAAUGCUUUCGACGUUUGCAAUGCAACAUACUUGGCGGCUCAUCGCAGCCCCAUCUAUCAUCUUCAUUAUUUCUCUACAGUUGUGCACGAUACAAAGUGCCGGCCAGACCGUCCAACUCCUAGGCGUGGACAUUAUCGAUGGUAGCGGUGCGCUCGAGCACAGCGGCAAUGACAGCCUGCAGGACCUACAGCCGCUCAUGUUGUCGGGAGAGACGCUAGGUCCGUUGUUGUACGGCGAAACAGCGUUCACACACUACACGGACAGCCUCGACACGCUGCCGGAGGGAAGCGGCACUCCGGAUUACGUGAGCGCUGUCGUCGCUACAGAUACGAUGACGACGUCGACGACGCAAGAAGCCAAGUUUGAGGAAUCCGUCGAAGUGCCGCUACUUGACGUCGGAGGAUUCCAGCUUGAUCAUUAUUGUGGAACCAUCGAUAUCCCAUAUGGAAAAUGUGGCACCGACAAACUGCUGGUGAUCCAUGACGCGACCUAUGGUCCCGAUAAUUUUCCAGGCAACCUCAUCUGUAGGGGAUCAGGAUCUGUUCACUGCAAUCGAGACGUCACGGGACCCAUAAGCGCAAUGUGCUUCCGCAAGAAAGCCUGCACUCAGCCGCUCAUGUUCGGCAUGGUCUGCCCGACGGACCAAGGCGACUACACUGCGCUCGUCACGCGUGUGCUCUACAGCUGCGAGUCACCGCACCUGUUCGUCGGGCCGCUGGGCGCUACGGGCUUCCCGAUCGAGCUGCGAACGGACACGAUACCUAACGGAUUUCUCUGGUCCGAGUCGUACCCGCUCGGCUACAAGGAGCAAGACAUCGAAGUGGCGAUUGUGGGUAAAGCAAACGAAAUUAUUCUCUUCACUAUCAUUGACCUUGACGUGUCCGACAAUCCGCAACCAAAGGAUUACCUACAGAUCAGCACGUCUCCUCUGCUAACGCCUGUGAACAGGUUUCGUAGAAUCACGAACGAGGAGAUACUAUUCAGGGGAGCGAACACGCCCAAUAUACGCUCAGUCAUAUCGCAAAACCCAGUCGCUUCCGUUGUCUUUCGUACGUCGACCGCCGAGUCGUUUCGGAGAGGCGUUCUGUUGGAGUUCAGCGCAUUCGUUCCUCCGCCUAACUACAUCGACUGUUACGCGGAGCCUGUCGACGACGGGUCAAAUAUCGCCAUGCUAGCCGACCAGCUCUGGGGUCUGGAUGCCUGCAUAGACGCAUGUGCCAGUAACGGCUAUUCGUACGCCAUGACGACGCUCAAUCCAGACAGUACGUACCGUUCAGUUUCCGGUCCAAUGAGUCAUAUCUGCUCAUCCAGAUAA